CUCGCAUCUCAACUCUUGGUGGCUCAAUAACACGAAUAUAAAACAGGUCGCCCCACUAAUGUCGCAUCUCUAACUUGCAGCAGUCAAUCAGCCUUGCCACACGAUCCGUAUCAAUAGCUCUGACGGUAAUGACAGCACCUCCCUAUCCCGACACGACCCUCGAGCUGUUCGGACAGCAAGGCUCGGCUGGCGUCUCUACCCCGUUCGUCUUCUGCUUCCCCACGCAUGGCUCUGAAGCAAACCUCGCAGAGGAUUCGACAAGCAAGAUUGCGGCCACGCUGCAGACAGGUCUCGAAAGACUCGCCCAAGCCUUUCCAUGGACCGCUGGGCGAGUCGUCAAGGUCGAGUCCAGCGAUACAACAAUAACACCUGGAGUCUACAAGAUCAGGCACACAAAUGCACCUCCUCGGGUCAUCUUCAAAGAUCAACGGGUUGAUUACUCUCGUUUCAACAUGAAGGAUUUUAUGACGGACGGUUGUCCGUGUCGUCAACUGCCCGAGGAGAUGGUCUCGCCGUACGACGUACUUCCGGGCAAACCUGACCAAGUGGAAGCCAGGUCGGCGGUGUUGACAGUCCAGGUCAGCCAGCUUCAGGGAGGUAUCACGGUCAACCUCGUAGGGCAUCAUCAGGCACUCGACGGGACAGGUCAGGAACAGCUGGCCUACCUACUGAACAAGGCUUGUCACGGCGAAACCUUUACGGACGAGGAGAUCCGGAUGGGAAACAUGGCUCGCGAGGGUAUCGUUCUGCCCUUUCCAGAAGAGUGGCAACCUCGACCAGACUCGCGAUAUCUUAGGAGACAUGUGCCGGUCCCUGCUCCUCCUAUCGCCAGAUGGGAGGGUCUGCGUCCAUCUGUCGAUCCGGCCGAGCCAUGCUGGACCGACUUCACCUUUUCCGCAAAGGCCUUGACAAAGCUCAAAGCGGAAGCCAAUCUCGGGCUCGAGUCCGGAUACGUGUCCACAGACGAUGCCUUGACUGGCCUGGUCUGGCAAGCGUUGGCUCGGGCCCGUUGCACUCGAUAUCCGUCAGACACACCCAGUACCAUCGGUCGAGCUGUCAAUCCUCGUCGGUACCUAGGCAUCCCCGCCGCUUAUCCCGGGUAUAUCACAAACAUGGCAUUCUCUACCCGCUCGCUCGGGUCAUUGGUAGAGAGCCCGCUCAGCUCGAUCGCGCAAGAGCUCCGGGCUGCCGUCGAUCCCGCUACUUCCAACUUGCGAGAGACCACCCGCGAACUAGCCACCCUCAUUCAUCGUGCAAAUGACAAGGAUUCGAUCGCGCUGACAGGCAGUCUGGAUCCCGAACUGGACAUCAUGAUGAGCUCAUGGGCGAGCAUGCGGUGCAGUCAAUUCGAUUUUGGCCUCGGACUGGGUCUUCCUGUCGCCAUCCGCCGCACCUUGAUACCGCCCGUACUCGGAUUGAUGUACUUUUUGCCCAAAGGACGGGAAGGAGAGACCGUGCUUCAUAUCUGUGCAAGGCGCGGCGACCUGCUCAAGAUGUACAAUGAUCGGGUGUUUGCCGAAUAUGGGACUCUGAACGAGAAUGACCUGUUGCUGUCGUAGAUUGCGCGACCAUGUGUAUACGAUCUAUACCAAUACACCAUGAUGAACCGGCUGAAAGCUGCUCGUCGACGGCAGGGAUCCAGGCAUGGACUAUCUUCUCACUCAGUGUCGAUUCGGAGUGAGGGAUGAUAUGACAAGUCGUCAUAAGAGAUCUGGUUAGGGGGCAUCGCUCACGCUCCGCCGAUGCCUCUUGCUUAUGAGGGGGGUCAAGGGCCGACGUCGUGAUCGCAACCUAUCGCAAUUCCUCGUCCUUGCCGACCAUCUCUCCGAGUCCAACCAUCCCGCUCUCUC